UGUCAGAUUUGGUGGCGUUUGGACAGUGAUUACUGGACAGUGAUUACUGGACAGUGAUUACUGGACAGAGAUUGUACAGCAGCGGUGUCAGGACAGCGGUGCCAGGACAGGGGUGUCAGGACAGCGGCGGCAGCAGUAGCUGCCGGACGGUGUGAGGGCGAGGGGCCAUGGCCCUUGCUCUCCGCCUCUUCCUCCUCCUCCUCCUGGCAGUGGCCCUGCACGCCAGGGCUGCCCAGGCUGCUCCGGUGCCAGCGCGGGGAGCAGAUGGGGAUCGUGACUUGGAUUAUCUGGACGAUGAUGUUUUGAAGUACUUCUGGCCUCCUGGAGGGGUGUCCGCAGGCAGGACUUUUCCAGCUCCCGAGCUGGAUGCUGCACCUGAGCCCAGCUCAUAUGGCAUGAGUCCUCCAACAGUCAAGAACCAAUCUCCAGGAGAAAAAAACUCCCCAGAGCCAUUUGAACUUCUGGACCAAAUGCUGAGUGAACUGGAGAGACAACGAGGUGAGGGUACUGGGAAUAUUUCUCCAACACCAUCGACAGAAAAUUCUUUAGAGCCUUCAGGGAUUCCUGCAGUUAUAGGGGUGUCCACAGGGAAGACUUUUCCAGCUUCUGGGCUGGUUCCUCCAAGCAAAGCUGGUUCACAUCAUACGGGUCCUCCAAGAGGCAAGAACCAACCUCCAGGUGAAAAGAAACCUCAGGACCCAUCUGAAGAGAUGGACCAAGAGAUGGCUCUGUGGAAGGCGGCAGCUCCUGAAGGAGGCAGUGACUCUUUGCCAGAGUCUCCUGAAGGAAGGAAGGCGAUGCCAGGCACUGGCAAGCAGGAUGUGGUCGGCAAGGCAGGAACAAAGGACCAAAAUCCUCAGAGUGUCAGGAAAGUUCUGUGCCCCCCGGACUAUCGCAAGCGCUGCAUGAUUGGCAUGCUGGCCACGCUGCUCACUGUGCCUCUGGUUCUGUUCUGCUGCAGUUUUGUGGCGCGCAAGGUGUACAAGAACAAGGAGGUCAUCAUCAAGCUCAUGGCGGCAUAGUUAUGCCAUGGCUCAAUAGAAAAAUACAGAGACCAGCUAUGGACAACAGUCAUGUGUCUGGCCUGGUAAAACACCUGGUUCACAUGUGGGCUAAUGGAUCAUCCUGGCACAUGUUGACACUCCAAAGGCUAAAGUCUGACCUCGUCCUGCAUGAUUUAUCUCCAGUGUGAGAUGCUGAAGGAUUGUACUUCUGCAAGAACCCAGUGGUUAAAUGACACAAAGGAGUAUCUGAGACAACUUAAUGACACAGCAGCAAAAUAAAGGCCAGAAUUCAUCUCCCACAAUAGAGUACAAAAAGCAAUUAAACCACUUUACAUUGUUC